AUGCAGCAUUCGUCCAAUCCGACUUCUCCUACUCGUUCUCGCUCUCCCUCCCCUCCUCCACGCGACUCUUCCUCCUCGGCCAUUGAUACCCGCGACACCAGUCCAUCACCUGACAACAAAGACGCUUCCCUUCGUAAAGACAGCGGCAGCGACAAGACCGAAGCCACCUUCUUCCAACACAUCACCUACCCUGUCUCCUACACCUUCAGUGGCCUCCUUCGCCGCCUCAGCGCAGACGAAGCUCCCACACCCCUCGCUAGAGCCUUGUCAGCAAACUACAACGGCGCCAUGAGCCCCUCUGCCGCCUUCUUUGACGCUCCCAAACGCCGUCUAUCGCCCUUCCAGCCCCCGCCUUUAACUCCUUUGACUCUUGUUGGCUACAGGGACUCCACUCCACUCGCCAGUCGUCUUUUGGAAAAGGCCCUGGCAGAAGAGAUCCGCCUGCUCAUGCCGCCGCGAGUUCAGCUCGUUGACGAAUGGAAGUUGGUCUACUCUUUGGAGCAAAACGGCACAUCUUUGGGCAGCUUGUAUAGCUUGAGCGACGAGUACAGAGGCAAAAGAGGCGGCUUUGUCUUGGUAGUCAGGGAUGCCAGUCAAGGAGUCUUCGGCGCGUAUCUGUCCGACCCCCCUCAACCUCAUCCACAUUAUUACGGUACUGGAGAAUGUUUCUUGUGGAGCGCUUUCCGCUUACCCUCUUUACCUGAUCUCUCAUCAUUACCUCCGCCACCAUCUGCCGACACCACACAUAUGCAGCGCAGCACAACAAUCGCUUCCACCACCAAGAAACCUUCCUUGAAUCCCUCGUCAACAAGUGGCACUUCGACACCCGACAGGAUUCGCUUCAAGGCUUUCCCUUACACUGGCGAAAAUGAUUACACCAUGUUCUGUCAGCAAGGUUUCUUAAGUGUUGGUGGCGGCGAUGGCCAUUAUGGAUUGUGGCUAGACAACAACCUGGCCAGAGGCAUCAGUUCACCUUGUCCUACCUUCGGUAACGCACGUCUAAGCGACGAGGGUGAGAAAUUUGGAAUACUCGGUGUCGAACUGUGGUACAUUGGCUCUUAA